AUGGGCCGACCGCCGAGCAAUGGCGCCCCUUCUUUCCGCUUUAACCCUGUCGAGUUUGCGGAAAUGGAGGCCACUCUACAAGCGCACAAUUGCUCGGUGCCGGGACGUGAAAUCAUCGAGGCUCUUGCUCAGAAAUUUAGUGCCACAGCUGAAAGAGCAGGAAAGGUGGAAGUUUCAUCUAAACAAGUUUUAAACUGGUUCCAAAAUAGACGAUAUGCCCUCAGAACAAAAGCGGCUAAAGCUGUUCCUCCUAAUGAGGCAAAUAUAUCUCAUUUGCCUACGGUUGUAUAUUUGCCUCAGGCAACUCUGCCUCAGCACGCUUUCUCAACUCCGGCAACAGCGAAAAAUGGGCUUCAAGUACAUCAUCCUGUUCCUGCUCUAUCAGCGCAAUCUGCCCCCAUGAAUGCUUCGGGUGGUUGUCAGAUGGAGUUUGAAGCUAAAUCUGCUAGAGAUGGUGCAUGGUACGAUGUCACUUAUUUCCUGUCGUGUAGAUCAUCAGGGACUGGAGAUCCGGAAGUUCUGGUUCGUUUUGCCGGUUUCGGACCUGAAGAGGAUGAAUGGAUCAACGUACGGAAGCACGUGAGACAACGUUCCUUACCAUGCGAAUCUUCAGAAUGUGUUGCGGUUCUCCCAGGAGAUUUAGCACUAUGCUUUCAGGAAGGGAAAGAGCAAGCCCUGUAUUUUGAUGCACAUAUUCUCAACACAGAAAGGCGAAGGCAUGAUGUUAGGGGCUGUCGAUGUAGGUUUGUGGUGCGAUACGAUCAUGAUCAAGCUGAGGAAGUUGUUCCCUUGAGGAAGAUAUGCCGCCGGCCUGAAACUAACUACAGGUUGCGGCAACUUCACGCCACGUCAGAAAAUGUAAAUUCACAAAAAACAGGCGAAACUACACAAAAGCAGCCGCUCAAGCCCGAGGAACUCGUUCCUAUCAGCAGAUGA